AUGGAGAGAAAACUGGACAAUAAAAUGAAAAGGGAACUGUCCUACUUAGCUACUUUAAACGACAGAAACAUAUCCUUGGUGUCUAUUCGUAAGCAGCAGGCAGCUUGUGAUGUGCCUGAACUACUGAUUAUUGGUGAAAAGUCCAAGACGGCAUCUCCGGUAAAAGCAAGCAGUAACUUGCAGAAAGAAGAGAAACUUUUGCCGAGUUACUCCAUGGGAAUGACAGAAGUCAAUACAGAUGAAAGGCAGGCUUUGUCCAACAUCGAUUCUCCUCCUGGUUGUGAGCUGAAGCCUACAAUGAAACAUAAUUUUGCUUUUGACAACAUGGGCUAUGAGGCGAGCUCUGAAACCAUGCCCUCUCCACCUUCCCAAGAGCACACUGUGGUAGUCAACAUUGUGGGAAUGACCUGCCAAUCCUGUGUGCAGUCGAUAGAAGGCCGAAUUUCCAAGGUGAAGGGCAUUUUGAGAAUUAAAGUCUCCCUUGAACAGAACAAUGCUAUUAUCAAGUAUCUGCAGUCAGAAAUAAGCCCUGAACAGAUUUGCCAGGAAAUUCUGGAUAUGGGCUUUGAUGCCAACAUAGCAGAAGAGAAGUUGACAACAGCAACUGUAAAUUUGCCGAGCUUGAAAGAAGCAGUAACUAAGCUUCGGGUGGAAGGCAUGACAUGCCAGUCCUGUGUCACCAACAUUGAAGGAAAGAUUAAGAAACUGCAUGGUGUAGCAAAAAUCAAGGUGUCACUUGAUAACCAAGAAGCAAUUAUUGCUUACCAUCCUUACAUCAUUCAGCCUGAUGACCUCAAGAGACACAUCAGUGACCUGGGGUAUGACUGCACCAUUAAAAGUAAAUCAGCCCCUUUGAAGCUGGGUGCCCUUGAUUUCCAGCGCUUGCAGAAUGCAAACCCCAGGGAGACACCGGCAAGUCUUGAGAGUGAUGGGCUGGAUCUGCUGGUCCCUGAGAUGGGUAGCACAGCAACAGUGACUCUACAGAUAGAGGGCAUGCACUGCAAGUCCUGUGUCAGAAACAUCGAAGGAAACAUGUCAGAUCUUCCUGGCAUAAAAAGUAUUGAAGUGUCUUUGGAGCAUAAACAUGCUGUGGUACAGUAUAGCCCAGAUUUAAUGACCCUGUCAGCUUUGCAGCAAGCUAUGGAAUCCCUUCCACCUGGAAACUUUAAAGUAAGCCUCCUUAGUAGUUCAGAGGCAAACAAAGCAGCAUCUCCCUCAGGUGCUUUCACAUACAGUGUCGUCAGACAGCCACCACAAGGCACGACACAUACGGCUGUUAUUAAGAUUGAUGGCAUGACCUGCAAUUCUUGUGUACAGUCCAUAGAAGGGGCCAUGUCACAGAGGCAAGGAGUGCAGCACGUAGCAGUUUCUUUAGCUGGCAGUACUGGGACCAUAGACUAUGAUCCAGCGGUCACUAGUGGAGAAGAGUUAAGAGCUGCCAUAGAAGACAUGGGAUUUGAUGCCUCUGUGCUGACAGAUACCGCCACUGGAGAACAAAGGUGCCAGCCUGAUGCCAGCAAAGCUGCUGUGCAGCCUCGAGCUCCAGAGCCUCCUCACCAAGGCAGUUCCUCAGAUGCUCUUCCAGUCAGUCCUCACCCUGAUGGGUCAAACCAGCUCAGUGGAGCCACAGAAGAAAAAUGUGUUUUACAAAUCACAGGCAUGACCUGUGCAUCAUGUGUGUCUACCAUUGAAAGAAAUCUGCAGAAAGAAGAUGGAAUUGUUUCAGUGUUGGUAGCACUGAUGGCAGGUAAAGCAGAGAUAAAAUACAAGCCAGAACUCAUACAACCUCUUGAAAUAGCACAGCUGAUCCAGAAUUUGGGUUUUGAAGCUACCAUCAUGGAAAAUAAUGCAGAAACAGAAGGGCAAGUGGAGCUUCUUAUUAUAGGGAUGACUUGUGCUUCUUGUGUUCACAAUAUUGAAUCCAAACUCAUGAGAACAAAUGGCAUAUUCUCUGCCUCAGUUGCACUUGCAACUAGCAAAGCUCAUAUCCUGUUCGAUCCUGAAAUUAUUGGACCUCGAGAUAUUAUAAAAGUAAUCAAGGAAAUUGGCUUUCAUGCUUCUGUGGCUAAAAGAGCUCCCAAUGCACAUAACCUGAGUCAUAAAAAGGAAAUACAGCAGUGGAGGAAAUCUUUCUUGUACAGCCUAGUGUUUGGUAUCCCAGUUGUAGUUAUAAUGAUUUAUAUGCAAAUACCCAGUGGUGAAGGCCAUGGGUCUAAGGUGCUGGAACAGAACCUCAUUCCUGGAUUAUCUAUUUUGAAUCUUCUCUUUUUCAUCCUGUGCACUUUUGUUCAGUUCCUUGGUGGAUGGUAUUUUUAUGUACAAGCUUACAAGUCCCUGAGGCACAAGACGGCCAAUAUGGAUGUGCUCAUCGUACUGGCCACGACCAUUGCUUAUGUGUAUUCCUGCGUGAUCCUGAUAGUAGCAAUCAUUGAAAAGGCAGAGAAAAGCCCUGUCACUUUCUUCGACACUCCUCCGAUGUUGUUUGUGUUCAUUGCGCUCGGCAGAUGGCUGGAGCACAUAGCCAAGGGUAAGACCUCAGAAGCUCUUGCUAAGCUUAUGUCUCUUCAAGCCACAGAAGCCACUGUAGUGACUCUUGGACCUGGCCACUCUAUUGUUAGGGAGGAGCAAGUACCUGUUGAACUGGUUCAAAGGGGUGAUAUUAUAAAAGUUGUUCCUGGUGGAAAGUUCCCAGUGGAUGGAAAGGUCAUUGACGGCAGUUCUAUGGCAGAUGAGUCUCUCAUUACUGGGGAGCCUAUGCCAGUCAUUAAAAAGCCUGGGAGCACAGUGAUUGCUGGUUCUAUAAAUGCAUAUGGGUCACUUCUUGUUAAUGCAACUCAUGUUGGUGGUGAUACCACUCUGGCACAGAUUGUGAAAUUGGUGGAAGAAGCUCAAAUGUCAAAGGCACCCAUCCAGCAACUGGCAGAUAAAUUUAGUGGAUACUUUGUUCCAUUUAUCAUCAUCAUUUCAACUGUGACAUUGAUAGUAUGGAUCACAAUUGGUUUUGUAAAUUUUGAUAUUAUUAAAAAAUAUUUUCCUAAUCAGAGCAAAAACAUUUCAAAAGCUGAAAUAAUACUGAGGUUUGCAUUUCAAACCUCAAUCACUGUGCUGAGCAUUGCAUGCCCUUGCUCUUUAGGCCUGGCUACCCCCACAGCUGUAAUGGUGGGCACAGGAGUGGCUGCGCAGAAUGGUAUUCUCAUCAAAGGUGGAAAACCCCUGGAAAUGGCACAUCAGAUCAAGACUGUGAUGUUUGAUAAAACUGGGACCAUCACCUAUGGAGUUCCUAAAGUAAUGAGGGUGCUGUUGAUGGGAGACACAGCUGUGCUGCCCCUGAAGAAGGUACUGGCUGUUGUUGGUACAGCAGAAGCCAGCAGCGAGCAUCCUUUAGGAAUGGCUGUCACUAAAUACUGCAAAGAGGAGCUUGGCACUGAGAGCCUGGGAUACUGCACCAACUUCCAGGCAGUCCCAGGCUGUGGUAUCAGCUGCAAGGUCGGAGGAGUUGAGGCCAUCCUUGGCACAGCUGAGGAAGGUCCCAAUAAGCUGGAUGCCAGCAGGAGUGGGGACAGCAGUGCUUCUCUGGGAGAUAAUGGAGUUAUCACAUCCUUGGAAUCACAAGAUGUUGACUUCACCAGAAUCAGUUUAGUUGAUAUUCCUGUUGGGAUCAAAAAAGUCUUUGCGGAGGUUCUUCCUUCUCACAAGGUUGCAAAAGUCCAGGAGCUCCAAAAUGGAAAGAAGAAGGUUGCAAUGGUUGGUGAUGGAGUCAACGAUUCCCCUGCACUAGCCAAGGCCGAUGUUGGAAUUGCAAUUGGAACAGGCACCGAUGUUGCUAUUGAAGCUGCAGAUGUUGUUCUUAUCCGAAAUGAUUUGCUGGACGUAGUUGCCAGUAUUCACUUAUCCAAGAGAACAGUUCGAAGAAUACGAAUAAAUCUGAUUCUUGCCUUAAUUUAUAAUCUGCUUGGAAUACCCAUAGCAGCAGCAUAUCUGGAAGGGACAAGUAGUCUUGCCCUGUGGCUGCAGUCUGGUACCUGUAUUGGUGCAAAGGUCAUUCCUUGCAAUGGAAGGGACAUGUUCAGUAAUGAUUACAAGAAGCCAGACACGGAGAGUUACGAAGCACAAGCUCAAGGCCGCAUGAAGCCACUCACCCCUUCUCAAAUCAGUGUUCACAUUGGAAUGGAUGAUAGGAGGAGGGACUCUUCCAAACCAUCUCCUUGGGAUCAGACAAGCCAAGUGUCCCUCUCUUCCUUGGCUUCAGACAGGCUGCCGAGACGCAAUGGGUUCAUCCAGGAGGAAGGGGGAAAGUGGUCAUUGCUGAUAAACGGAGCGGAUGAAGAGCAGUACAUCUGA